AUGGAAGAUCUCUAUAUGUGGAAAGAUACACUUAUGGCAUUAUUUAAUUUAAUUGAUGCUGAUCAUUCAGGUUUUAUAAGUCGUAAUGAAUUUUCUGAUGUUCUUAAACUUUUAUUUUAUGGUGAAAAUGAUAGUAAUAAUGUAAAUCAAGCACAUAUUGAAGAAGUCAUUUCUGCAAUGGAUUUUGAUAAAGAUGGAAAAAUUGAUGUUAAUGAAUUUCUUGAGAGUUUUCGUAUUGUCAAUGUGAAGAAACAAGAAAAUGUGCAUGAUAAACCAAAAAGAAAACCCAGACGGUGGUAA